ACGGAACCUAGAAACGCGACUUCGGAUCCGCUAUCAACAUGAAGAAAAUAGCGGAUCAAAAGCUGCAAGCCUUCACGGUUGGCACGAUGGGAAAGCGUCCACUGUCGCGCAAGGAGCUCGAAGAGCAAAAGAAACGUGAAGAUGAGGCAGCCGCGGCCCACGCUUUCAAAGAGUUCGUUGAAACGUUUCAAGAAGCUCCAUCAAAAAUAUCCAAAGUCUGGGUGAAAGCCGGAACGUACGAUGCCGGGUCGCGCAAGGAAGACACGAAAGAUCGCGGGAAGCUGUACAAGCCGCACUCGCGGCUCGAGUCGGAGCAGGAAAAGUCGAUCGAUUACGUGAAAAUGUUGGCCAACGAGAGCCGAAAGGAUGCGGGAGCGCUGGGCAAGAAGAAGAGCCAAGAGAAGAAGAAAAGCAAUCUGGAGAUGUUCAAGGAAGAGCUGCGCCAGAUCCAGGAGGAGCGCGAGGAGCGCCACAAGUACAAGAACAUGGCCCGCUCGAUGCUUCCCAGCUCAUCCGGCGCGUCCGAUUCGGACCCAGUGUACAAGGAAACCGAAUCCGGCUCGUUCGACAAUGGCGAUCCCAACACCACCAACCUGUACCUGGGCAACCUGAAUCCGAAGAUCUCGGAGCAAGCGCUAAUGGAGCUGUUCGGUAAGUACGGCCCGCUGGCGAGCAUCAAGAUUAUGUGGCCACGCUCGGAGGAAGAGAAGAUGCGCGGUCGAAACUGUGGCUUCGUGGCGUACAUGAGCCGUCGGGAUGCGGAACGGGCACUGCGAGCGCUGAACGGGCGCGACGUGAUGGGCUACGAGAUGAAACUGGGCUGGGGCAAAUCGGUCCCCAUCAUGACGCACCCGAUCUACAUACCGCCGAAGCUGCUGGCCUAUACACUACCGCCACCGCCGUCCGGGCUACCGUUCAACGCGCAGCCCCACGUCACCGACGUGGACAACAUACCCAAGAUGUCGUCCGUGUCGUACAUGAAGGACGCCGAGCUGAAGGAGCGCAUGGAUGCGGUGCUGCUCAAGUCGGUGGUGAAGGUGGUCAUCCCGACCGAGCGGCCACUGCUGAUGCUGAUUCACCGUAUGGUGGAGUUUGUCAUCCGCGAGGGGCCCAUGUUCGAGGCCCUCAUCAUGACGCGCGAACAGGACAACCCCAUGUACAAGUUUCUGUUCCAGAACGAAAGCCCGGCCCAUAUCUACUACCGCUGGAAGCUGUUCUCGUUGCUACAGGGCGAUACGCCGAGCGACUGGCGUACGAAAGAGUUCCGCAUGUUCACGGGUGGCUCGAUCUGGAAGCCACCACCGAUUAACUUCUACAGCCAGGGGAUGCCGGAUGAGCUGCUUGCCGACGAGGAGGGCAUCGAGACGAACAAAGGCAACCUGUCGAUCGCGCAACGGAACCGACUGGAAGACCUGAUUCGGCACCUAACGCCGGAGCGGCAGAGAAUUGGCGACGCGAUGAUAUUCUGCAUCGAGCACGCGGACGCGGCGGAAGAGAUUUGCGAGUGCAUCACUGAAUCGCUGGCCUCGAACGAAACGCUCGUCAAAAAGAAGGUCGCGCGCAUCUACCUGAUUUCGGACAUCCUGCACAACUCGGCCGUGAAGGUGCAGAACGCCAGCUUCUUCCGGAAGGCGAUGGAACGGAAUUUGGUCGACAUUUUCCGCAACCUGAACGCGUACUACAUGCAGCUGGACAGCCGCCUGAAGGCCGAGGGCUUCAAAACGCGCGUGAUGGGCGUGUUCCGGGCCUGGGAGGAGUGGACCAUCUAUCCGCGCGAGUUCCUGUUAAAGCUGCAGCACACCUUCCUCGGCAUCCAGCCGGUAAGUGGUGACGGCGACGGUGGCAAGCUUUUCCGGCAGGAAAAGGAAGACGAGGACCUAGAUGGAGUGCCGCUGGAUGGGGCCGCCCUGCUGAAGAGCGCCAUGCUGUGCGGCAUUACCGAGGGCAGUGGUGGUGGUGGCGGAGAGAAUCGUACCCCGAUACUGAAGCACGACAUCUACAGCGACGAGGAUGACAUUGACGGGAUGCCGCUGGCCGAUGACGAUAUCGAUGGUGUGCCGAUGGACAGCUCGGUCGCGAAGCCCGGCGGCGGAUCAUUUGUCCCUUCGAAGUGGGAAACGGUCGAUGCGGCCCAAAUCGAGGCCCAGGCCGUCACGACGAGCAAGUGGGACACGCUGGAUCCGGUGGUGCCGGAACCUCCGAAGAUCAACGAUGAGGACGACGACGAUGACGACGACGGGGCUGGGCCGCACGAAGGCAAAAGUGCACAGGAUCGGGAUGAGAUGCGUCGGGUGCGGAUGCGCGAAAUCGAGAUGAACAUCGUCCAGUACCAGGAUGAGUUCGAGUCCGGAGCGCGGCAGGUGCGCAAUGGUUGGUCGCUGCACGAAGAGAUCGAUAGCUACCGCAUAAAGCUGAUGAAGAAGAUGGAACGGGAGCUACAAUCGGCGCCACCAGACGAUCGGGACACGACGGAUUCGGACGAGUACGAUGGUCGGUCUUCGCAGAGGGGUAAAAAGCGUAGCUCCAGUCCGGAAAGUUCCAGCAGUCGCCACAAAAAAAGUCGCCGGUUACUGUCGAGCGAGUACGGCGAAGAAAGUUCCUCGAAGGGCGCACGGUCCGGUCGCCGAUCGCGGUCACCGGCACAGACCACCGGCAGCACUGGUGGUUACUCGUCGCAUCGUAAAUGCGACUCCGUCUCACCGGUGUCAAAAUCUUCACGACGACGUCACUCGAGGAGCUCCGGUUCCGAAUCGCCACCGGCCGGUGGUGGUAGAGCCCGGUACCACACCCAGGAACGUUCGCCCUCACCGGGAGCGGGCAGCAGUUCACGAACUAGCAAAUACGAUCUGCUCGGCUCGCCGACACGGAGUGUCAGUGGGUCAAAGUACGACAAGUACGACGAACCGGCCGUGGCCUCCGGUGGCUCGAAGUACUACGAUAAGUACGACAAAUACGGCGACUCGCGACUGCAAGACGACCGCCGGGGAGAUCGGGAGCGUGAACGUGGCCGCGAACGGGAACGAGAGCGGGAUCGUGAUCGCGAACGGGAUCGUGAUCGUGAUCGCGACCGGGACGGACUAACCGAUGGCGUUUCGCGGCACCGUGAAAAAGAUUCAAAGUACGACGGUAGCCCUGCCAGCAGCAAACGGUACAGAUCUCCGUCGCCCAGCAGUUUUCGGACGGCCGCCCGAAGCGGCGGAUCGGAUCGCGAGUCGCGAGAGUACCGCCAAACGACCGGCAGCUCCGGCAGCGUGUCGUCGCGGUCCGACAAACACAAGAAGCACAAGUACUAAUUAUUUUCGUACCAUAAACCCGGGGCGAAUAGCGUCCCUACGAUAGUGUCGUUUAGUUUAGUUUGUGACCCACCCAAAAAGCGCGGACCACGUAAAGGCGUCUUCUCUGCGCGUUCUCUUCCGUGUUCCGUGGUGGGUGUGCGUUUGACGAUUUGAGCAGCUUCGAUGCAGGUACAA